UCCUAACCUCGCCAUCUGCCAUCGCCCUCGAACGGUUGCUACACGUGCCAAACCGAACGUCAAAAUAUUCUUUUUGCUUAAAACUUUGUAAAGGCAACAUGGGUUUCUCCGAGCUUUGGUAUUCUCAUCCCCGCAAAUACGGACAGGGUUCUCGAUUCUGUCGGGCCUGCUCGAAUAGUCAUGGUUUGAUUCGGAAGUAUGGCCUUAACAUCUGCCGACAAUGCUUCCGGGAGUAUUCCAAGGAUAUCGGUUUCCGAAAGCUGGACUAAAUCCGAUGCUUAGCAGCAUUAUGAAGCCACUGCCGGGCGUUACUAUAAAACAAAUUCUGUAUUUUUGUCAUACAGAAACAAAUGAAAAUAAAUAGUUUUUUCUAACAUA